UCUUUCCCGUACAUUUUGAAGAGACGAGAAAGAGUUAGUGGUCUGUGAAAUAUUGAAACACAUUUAGCAAGACAUGUUUUCAAGAAACAUUCAACAAAUUACUUGCAUAAAGACUUUCAUAUAAUCUAUACACAAGAUCUACAGUACAUUGCAUUUUGGGCUUUGAUAUAUUAAAUGAAGCCUGAUGCACAUGAAUGUAUUCUAAUACUUAAAAGCUGGCCAUUUUUAUACCAAAAUUAUUCAAGAUAAUGAAGACAUUCUAUCUGUUAACAUUCAUGUUUUAGGACAAACACAAAACAUGUGGACUGAGCUGGUAUUAAAGAAGGGAUGCCUGAAGAUAUUCAUGUGAGAAAGAAUGAUGAGAUAACAUCAGAUACCAAGGAAAUGCCUGACAAUGCCUUGAAUGUCGCAAUUUGAUUUGGAGGCAGAAAACACCAUGACUGCAAAUGAUUAUAAGAUGGACUUGAGCGUCCCUAGACUUCAGAGUUUGAUACAAAACAUCCAUUGGGAUAAAGAAGAUGUAAAAAAUCUCUUUGAAGCUUUAGUGAAGCGUUUCAAAUGGUCAAAACAACAGACUCUUGAUUUUGACACAUGGGUGGCAGAAAUACUAUAUACAGUAGAAACUCACAAAAUUGAUCUGAACCUGAAACUUGGGUCAAAGCGUUGCAAUAUUAUCGAGCUGGUGAAUGAGACCAAUAUUGAUGAUAACACUCUCCUAAACCUUUUAGGGGAGGGCAGAGAAAAGGAUCUUGAGGAAAUUCUUAAAGACCUCUCACAACAAGAUGGAGUUGAUAGAUGUUUAAUUGAAAAGGUGAGAGAGAUUGUGUCAGCUGUUUCCUCAGCACUCACGGUUGGCCAGAAGAAAUGUUUGAAAGAUGACAUGGAAGAACAUCUCUUUGAUCUAUGCAAUGCUGUAAAGGAUUGCUUUGGCUGGAAGCCACGUAUCACGCAGAUGGUGAGCUGGUGCUUUCUGGCUCUAUCAAAAUACAGUUACCUGUUGCAGGUGUGCACAGGAGAGGGAAAGUCAUGCAUAGUGGCCAUGUUUGCUGCCUACAGGGCCUUGAAAGGCAAGAAGGUUGAUAUCAUUUCCAGCUCACCUGUACUUGCAGAGAGAGAUGCAGAGGAUUGGAGCCACUUCUAUAAACAACUCGGUCUUAAAGUAGACUGUAACAGCAAUAAAUCAAAUGAAGAGGACCUGAAACAAUGCUACAAAUGUCACAUAGUGUAUGGCACAACACACAGUUUUGCAGGUGACUGGCUACGACACCAUUUCCUGAGGAAAAAUGUAAGAGGAGACCGAGAGUUCCAUUGUGUGAUUGUGGACGAAGUGGACUCUCUCAUGUUGGAUAAAGGUCUGGAGGUGGUCUAUCUGAGCAGCAAGAUGCCUGUCAUGCAGUACCUAAAUGUAAUUUUGUCAAGGAUUUGGUUUUUAGUUUGUCAGCACAAAACACUAGAUUGUGGGAAAAGAGCAGGGCCCAUUCAGUCCUUCAUCCAAUUUAUACAGGAAAACACUGAUAUUUGCUCUGAGACUGACGUACUUGAUAUUUUGAGGCUGGCUGAAGAUAAAGGCAUUUUUCCAAAGGGAUUUUCUGAGGACACAAAACAUCUCAAUGCCCAAAACAUAAUUAAAAAACUUGAAUGUGUUGGCAAGACACAUAUUGUUGACUUUUUCAGAUUAAUUGAAACAAAAGUUCCAGAUUAUUGCUUCAGUUUGUUUUCUGAAAAGGAAGAUGGAACUCUAACGAAGCUGAAUAGAACAAACAAUGAAGAAGUUGGAGACCGCCAUGAGAUUCCCUUACUGUUCCUCAAAGGAGGUCUAUGCCGACAUUUGUUCUCUGAUAAACAGACACUUUUCAACUCGGUUGAGCAGAAGAUUAGAAAGGAUCUUCAGUUUACUUCCCCUGAAAUAACACCUGAAGACUCACACAUCACAGGCUUCCAGCAUUUGGUCUAUAGCAAGCUGCGGGUGUGGGUAGAAAAUGCCUUUAAAGCCACAGAGAUGGCUCUAGGUGAUGAGUAUAUUAUACAGGCAGACACUGUGGUUCCUGUAGACUACCAAUGCACAGGUGUUAUACAAAGCAACAUGAAAUGGAGUGACGGCCUUCAACAGUUUUUGGAAAUGAAGCAUCAGACCAAAGUGAGCAACAUGACGGUCAUUACAAACUUCAUGUCCAAUGUGAGGCUCUUUACGAUGUAUGGGGGCCAGGUGUUUGGUGUCACAGGAACUUUGGGGAACAAAGAGGAAAUUGAAAUGCUUCAAAAACUCUACAAUGACAUGCACACCUGCGCCAUGCCUUCCUUCAAACGGAGGAAACUUUUUGAGGAAGAGGGCACGAUUUUGGAUGAGGAGGGAGAGUGGCUGAAAGCUAUCUGCAGAGCUGUCUAUGAAAAGGUCAAUUCCACAUGUUAUCGAGGAGAGAGAGCUGUACUGGUCAUCUGUGAGACAAUAAACCGGGCUAUGAGCAUUGAAAAAUCCAUUAAAGAAUCAGUCCAGGGGGUCAACCUCAAAUUAUACACAAAGAACAACUCAGGCCCCAGUGAAGUCACUGGGAAACCUGUUCAGGCAAGAGAUGUCAUUGUAGCAACAAAUCUGGCUGGUCGGGGAACAGAUCUUCAAGUCUGUGGGAAAGUGAACAUGGCCGGCGGUCUCUUUGUUCUACAAACAUUCUUACCCCUCAACACCAGAGUUGAGCAGCAGGCAUUCGGUCGCACAGGACGCCAGGGAAACCCAGGCUCUGCCCAGCUGAUUAUGUGUGCCAGCCAUUUCUCAAUGCCAGUCAUGGUAAAGAUGCUCACAAAUGUGUCUCUUCUCCAGAUGCUAGCACUACUAAGGAGACUUUACAUCUCCUUAUUAGAUAGAGAUACAGAGGCACAGAGGCAGCUAACAGAAGCUUUGAAACUAGCGUUAAAAGAUGGCUUUCAUAAUCAGUCAUGGCAAGAAAUGAGAGCAGCUCUUGAUCACCUACUGUCUUGUCUGGACACACUGAGAAAAACAAACAUUACAGAUGCAAAAGAGGCAAGAGACAGCCUAGUCGGAGAAAGAUUGUCCUUGUACUUGACAAGAGACAUUCCUAAAAUGAAAAAAAGGGAAGAUCUCUUCUUCGAUUACCUUCAACUACUGGAUGAGAUGCAUGAAAAGAAUAAAAACUCCAAAAUGCUCAGUGAAAUUGUCGAGUCCAUGCAUGAGUGCUGGGGACUGUGGCUUCUGACACGCUUUGAUGAGAAUGAAUCAAAAGAGAUCCUAAAGGUCAGGUUUGAAGAUGCCAUGGGAAGUGUUCGAGAGCACCUGGAAAAAGGGCGAUCUCCAUCCUCUGCCGUUUCUCUCUACAUUAGAUAUGGGAAUGCACUAAGACUUCAAGGGUGUUUCAGCGAGAGCGUUGAGAUGUACUCCAUGGCAUUGGAAGCAGAUGAUCAAGACUUCAUUGCUUUGUACAACCGUGCACUGUCAGUAAUGCAGCAACAGGAGAGAGGCUAUGUCAGUGUAGCUUUGCGAGACCUUGAAAAAGCUGGAAAAUCAGUGGAGCAUACAAUGUCUCUCACUGAGGAGACAUUGACCAAUGUGGUCAUAACAGGGACAAAUCCACCUGCUAGACACAUCACAGGUUUCACCAAACAACUCCGUGCGCGCUUACAAGUGCUGAAGCGUUUGAAGUUGAACAUUAAUGAGGCUGUGAAUAAGCUAAAGAUAGCCCAUAACAAUGGUGGGGGAGUAAAGGUUACCGAGUGUCAUGUUUUCCUUCUACUGGAUAUACAGUCUAUUUUGCUACAUCUUAACGAUUUUGCAAAUGAGCUGGUAAACCUUCAGUCACUAGGAUUAACUCAAAUCUUUUCCCUAGACACAACAUUUUCACUGACUGGAUAUAUAUCAAAGUUGUUUAGAGGCAUUUAAGUGUUGAGUGUUGUAGGUGAUCUCAGCCAGCCUGUGUUAAGAAAAUAUCAUUCUGAACAUUCUUGUUUUAAUGUGAUUCAUACAGUAAGCAUACUGUAUAUUGUUGUACAAUUUCAGUUUUGCUGAUCAAUGAAAUGCAUUCAAAUUGUGUUACCUUUAUUGUACUAGCAAUUGGAAAAGCAA